CCUGGCCGGGCCGGGGGCGGGAGGGACAGGCCCCGCCAAGCUCCCGCACACGCUCCAGUCCAGCUGUGACCCCUUCGCUGAGUCUGUGAAACGGGAGGGAUUUCCCCGGCCGGCUGGACACUGCGCGUCAGCCCCGGCCCGCGGCUUAAAGCACCGCUUGGACACGCGCGCAAGCCGGCACGAGGCGGAGGCGCGCCCGGCGCAUGUUCCCCACUCACGCCUAGCAGCGGGCCAGGCACUCGGGGGCCACGACGGACCCUCCCAGACCUGCUGGAGGCAGGGACCGGAGUCCUCGCUGGCUCACGGCACAAGCUGCUGGAGAGUGGGAAGGGCCGUAAAAGGGCUCCCGCUCCGCUGCCGGAGAUGAGGCUGCUUCCGAGAAGGCGCCAAGGCAACCAUGACGUCACGGAAAAGCGACUCUAUUCCGCGCCGGAGCCCCGCCCGACUUCCCUACAGUUAGAGCAGCGCACAGUCAUUCCCAGGCACGCCCACAUCCAAGAUGGCGCCCGAACUAGUACCGCUUUAUGUACACGGCUACCAGUACUCAAGAUGUCGGCGAAAGCUGAGCGCGCCGCCGCCAUCUUGGUUAUGGGCAGUCGGGCUGACAGUGACUUACUAUAAUCUGCCUUGUUAGUUUUAAGGCACAUUCACAUUUUCUUUGCUAUUUGAACCCCCAUUUCGGGCCUGAAAAUGCUUCCGGGCCCCUGCCCCUUUCGAUGAAAAAAUUUGGUAGAUAACAUGUGGGUUUCUUAUUAGAACGGGACGCUUCCUUGUAGUGAAACCUCUUCCAGGUCACAGCAACCCCGGUGAGGUGCCGUAUGAUGUCGGGAAGGGCACAAACAUGUAAGCCAGGAAACUUCUUGCCCUAAGUGAAGAUGGCCGCUGUGUCCCUCCUCCCUAGCCUGGGACGGCCUCGCCGCAGCGCCUGUAAGCUCAAGUCCUCCCUCUGGUCCGCACAGGUCCCGGCUCUUCCUUCCUGGCGGCUUCUUUUCCCCUUGAGCUUCCCUCGGCUCCUCUCUCGCCUGUUCCCAGCAACCUCAGCAUGACGGAGGCUACAGCCUGGCCAGGGAGCAUCCCGGUCCCUGCUGGCGCGUGUCAGUUGCGAGGAGGAAAAGAAGAGGUAGACGCUGAGGAAGGUCCGAAAGGAAGGAAACAGGGAGCCGCUAGAGCCCGCUGGAAACUGCUGAGAGAGGUUCUGAAAAAAAAACCCUUGGAGGGAGAGCGUCUUCAACAAGUGUCUAUAAGAAGGUUUGCAUCAUUCAAUCUCUUUUCAGCGGAAGACUGCAAAAGGAUUACAGAAGAGGAAACUGGGGCUUGGGUUCAAUACACAAGUGUCUUUUAUCCUGAGUAUAGUGUUUCUUUAAGAUGUAACAAUGGACUUUUAAAUAUCGAAGAUGUUCUUACAAGUUUUGACAACACAGGAAAUGUCUGUAUCUGGCCUUCUGAAGAGGUGCUAGCUUACUACUGCCUCAAGCAUAAUCAAAUGUUCAGGGAUCUUGCUGUGUGUGAGCUAGGGGGUGGCAUGACAUGCUUGGCUGGGCUCAUGGUUGCUAUUUCUGCAGAUGUCAAAGAAGUUCUGUUAACUGAUGGAAAUGAAAAGGCCAUCAAAAAUGUAAGGGACAUCAUCAUAAGAAACCAAAAUGCAGGCAUAUUUAAGGCUCAGAAUGUAUCAAGCAGCAUUUUGCGAUGGGAUAAUGAGACAGAUGUCUCUCAACUGGAAGGACAUUUUGACAUUGUUAUGUGUGCUGACUGCCUGUUUCUGGACCAGUACAGAGCUAGCCUUGUUGAUGCAAUAAAGAGAUUACUCCAACCCAGUGGGAAAGCAAUGGUAUUUGCUCCACUCAGAGGGAAUACUUUAAACCAGUUUUGCAAUCUAGCUGAAAAAGCUGGUUUCUCUGUCCAAAGACAUGAAAAUUAUGAUGAACAUAUUUCGAACUUCCACUCCAAGUUGAAAAAAGAAGAAAAAGAUACAUAUGAAGAAAACAUCCAUUACCCCUUUCUUCUUGUUUUAACCAAACAUGAAAAGGAGAUGAAAUAAUUUUUUAUAAUGACAAAUGAAAACUAAUUAUAUGUGUGUGUGAUUUAUUUUUUCUGAGUGGCUAUCAUAAAAAUAUGAUAAGGCAAAUUUGUUUCAUUUAUUGCUCUGAAGAAACCUUGUGAGACACUCUGUCAUUUUAGGAACUUAUUGUUCUCAAUUAUAUUUCCACCUUAAAAUUGGUAUGUAUAUAUUUACAAGGUUCUAAAGCUAGUUUUCCUUCUCUCGUAUGCCUUCCAGCUUGGAUGUUUGUUAAUCUCUCUAAACAUGAUUUCUUUGUUUGUAUUUGAAAGCACAUACAUCAUAUGCUUUGUGGUUGUAUUUGGCCAGUUGAAAGUGCUAAAGAUUUCUAAUUCAGUUAGAGAGCAAAUAGUUUCCUCAAGAUCUUUAAAAAGUGCACAUAAAAAACCUCAUAGAUUUUUCUUUUGCCUUUCUUGAAUUUCCCCUGAUGAUUUUUUCAAGCCAUGCAAAAUUGAAAUGUUCUAACUUGUUUUGGUGAUUUCUUAAUUUUUUCCGCUGUAGCUACAUAAGACAUUAUGCAUCAGACAAAAGCCUCAUAAACUGACCAUUUGUCCUUUGGACACAAUAGCUUGCCCAGCCCUCUGCUCCUCCUCUCCAAUUAUGUGUGAUUAGUCUCAGUGUGUUGUGUCAAGAAGGGGGAGUGUGCUGAGUGCUUAUUAUCUGGUUAGGUACAAGAAGAGCACAUUUGGUUCUGACUAUGAAUGAAAAGUGAGCCUUUAUCAGAACUAAAAUCUAACUGAUGCUGUUUAACAAACCUCUUUAAAAACAGAUCUUGUCCUAAGACAUUCUGAAUGCUAUGGCAACUAGGGAAUUUUCUUUUAAACACAAUCAAACAAUCAUGUUAUUCAAACUAGGUGUGUAUUGUGAUAUAUUGCGGUUCAAGUGUUUUGUAAAUGUUUAAUAUAGUGCUGAGAAAGGACAGCUGUCCUACAAAGAAACAUGAUCGUAUUCUUCUUUUCUAAUGUUUUAAUAAAAUGUUCUACUGAUUUCUUGAACUAGAAGGCGGGGUUUUAAAGGAAUCCGCACAAUCUUUUUAACCAAAACACUUUUAGAAUGGUAAAAAACCACAAUCAGACACUUAGUGUUAUUAAAUGUGCAGUUUCAUAUUGAAAUACAUUAAAAUAAUUACAUUUGGUCAAUGCUCUUCCUCUCACAUUUAACAAACUGAGAGGUAUGUAAACUGCUAGCUUAUACAAGUUCUUUUCUCUUCACUACUAUCCCCAAACAAAUUUUUUCACCAUCAGUUUGCAUGUCCUUGUAUUCAACACUUUUUAUGCUCCAUUAGAGCACCUAGAUGGAUCUCAGAAGGCAUAGGUCAAGUCGCAGUUAGAUCAUACAUUUCUUUCUCACAAAAACUUGAAUUGCAAUGCCAAGUGAUGGGCUAACAUCACAAUAACAGCAAUUUAUUCCUCUUUUGAUAAAACAGCAGUCUAUUCUCAGGAUUAGAUAAAGACCAGGGGCAAUGCAAACCAGCCAUUUAUCCUAGCAGUUCAGCAGUAGAUCUCCUUUAUGGAUGUUGUAGGUCUCAUGUUCUAACUCUUGAUAGAAAAAUAUUUUCUGAUAGGAAUAGUUUAAAGCUUUUGUAAAGAUCCUUUUGGUCAAUUUUUGUUGUUUGGACUUACAGCAAAAGAUAUGUUUUUCCUAAGAAAUGGAUCCAAGGAAAUCUUUGUAAUCAACAAAGAAAAGCCAAAGACACAGUGAAAUAUGAAAAAAAUACACAUUCUUUCUGCCUCUUUAAGAAGGGCUUCAGAAUAUUCUGUACAAUAUAAUCUAAUAAAGGUAUGUAGUUUUCAGAAAUAAAACCAUUGUCAUUGGAAAUAGUGUAUUUUGCAAUUUAUUUCUGCAGGGAAUAAGCAAGUUUACUAAAAUGAACAGCUAGUUACUGCUUUUUUAUAAAAAAAAAGGAGUAGUGUUAGUAUAAGCUGUUGCACUAAGUACUGGAUAUCUUACUUUAAGAGAGUACUUGUUGGAGCUUUACCAAAGAACAUGUUUGGGGUUUGAUUUUGCAAAUACUUACACAUUGGAGCUCAAAAGUGAGUACAGCUACUCCUGCGCAUAAAAGUUUAUAGUAUUGGGUCCCUAAUGUGUAAAUUUUCAGUAUUUGGUUAAAUGUUUGAUAAUUUCAAAAUCUGUACUCUUAAAAGUACAAAGUUGGAGGGGUUUCUUGUGUGCACAUUUUAAAUACUGCUUUUUAAAUUACAUCUUUUAGAUUUACAGUCUUUAAAAGGUAAAGGUGAUUGGAAAAACUUUCUGAUUUGUCAGAUUUUAAUAAAAAGCCAAUGAUUUUUUAAAUUUAGAUGAUAAAGAUCCCUGCUUAAAGAAUGUUAUGUUCAUAGGCCACCAAAUGAAGCUCAUUAAAGGUAAAUGUGUCAAAGUCCAA